CUUGGCUGCGCGCGCACAUCUGUUUCCUCAGUGCCUCUUUUUUUUUUUUUUUUUACUUUUUCGCGGUCCAAGAACGACAACUUUUCUCUGGCAACAAGAAACGAAGACGGCUCUUUUUGUUUGAACUUUCAUGUUGCCGCGUUUACAUUUGCGGUUUUUUUCGACAUGUACUCCGCGGUGAGCGAACAUUUAUCCUGCCUGGUCUGCCUCUCCACAUUUAAAAACUUUCAAGAGUUAAAGCUCCAUAUCAACGCAAACUGUCACCAACAGAAAAUGAAUGAAGUAUUCCAGAAAGAGCCUGACGGUUUUUACAACAAGCUCCCCAACAUUGUCAUUAUGGAUCGAGACAUCCGACAAAACAUUCAUCAACGCUGCAUAGGUGUGCGAUUGCUGACUGUCUGUUUCACUCCGAGUGUGGCGCAUGUAUUUUACCUGUGCCACAGCUGUAAGGAAAUGUUGCGGGACACAAAGAUAUUAUCCCACCUUACCUCCGUUUGCCAUAAAUUCAACUACUGUAACUACAUAGAUCCAAAUAGGCUUGGAUUCUCCUGGAUUCCUAACAAAGAUUUAUGGGUAGAUCUACCCAAGCAUGAAAGAAGCCACCAAUCAGGACCAAUACAGAUGUUGGAUUUGCCUGAAAAUCUGUUCGGAUUGUACAAAACGUAUACCUACUCUCAAGUGGUGCACUCUCUCAGUGAAUUCGACAAGCUUCCCAAGCUGCUGGAAGUUGUCAAGCCAAAGAGAGUGACUAUGCAAGAGUACCAAACAGACACCCAUAGGAGGUAUCCGCUUCUAGGCAUGCAGCACCUUGUCGAAUGCAUUUGUAAGGGACAGACUGAGAGGACAUACUACCUUUGCACCCUCUGCAAACUGACGCUGGCUGCCCACACCGUCAUCAAACACAUCCUUAGCUUUGACCACAUCUAUAGUUUCUUUAAAGCCUGGCACCCCUCCACUUUGGUGUCUAAUCAGUGUUAUCGGGACUACUCAGAGGGUUUCAUGUCCAUGAUGCUAAAUUUGGCAAAGCAGGCGGAGAAGCUUCAAGGACCUGCACGGGCCAACAUGAAGCGACUGAGUCUGGAGCCUGAUAUUUUUGUAUCAGUCAAUUUCCACUCUUACGAAGAUGCUUUGAACAAACUGGAGUCCAUCGCAAAGAAAAAAGAUGGAAGCAGCUUGAAAACAUGCAUCAAACCUGCGGGGAAAUUGGAUAUUUCUGCUGUGCCACACACCAUACGUUGUCAGAACUGUGACUACUCAUUUCAGUUAGCAGACCUUUAUUUUCAGCACGUGCAAACUGAAAAACACAAAACAGUGAUGAAAAAACUCUGGAGCCAGGAACAGAGCACCAACGCUUGCAACCACAAUGCAAUGGCUACAAGUGCAGAAGAUCAGAAACCCCAUCAAGAUUUAUUCAGUGAACGCCUCCUGGACUCUGCUGCAGACACCUCCCAGGUGGUGAUCUGUUACAGCACAGAAGCAAAGGAGGCCACACCCAUUUGUGUCUGUUUUGUUUGCGAAGAUGCUUUUCCCAAGUCACUGCUUCCAAACCACUUGUCCUCACCAAAACACCUUAUACAAACACUAUUGUAUCUGAAUCCCUUGCGACUGCCUUUUGGUUGGCAAGAAGUUCCAGGCCAGAAGUUCUUGAAAUCAAUGGUGGCGAUGGAAGUGAGCGAAAGGGAAUGGUGUCAGAAAAUUAUUCAGGUGCUGGAUUUACCCGCCUCGGUCUUGAGUAGCCUCAGCUCGUCAAGUUACAAGACUGUGCUGGAAAGACUCAAGCCUGACCAUGCAGCUGUCCUGCAACAUAAGGUUGCGCCGUGCCAAGUGUUAAGCGAACACAACAAUUUUCCACUGUUGGGGUGCGAGUUUCUGGUGAUGCACGACUCCUACGACCAGUCCCGUGAAGUCACGGUGGCUUCGUGUCUGCUGUGCCGGAAGCGGCUGUCGGACACUGAAUGCUUUGCUCACAUUUUCAGCUCGGAACACGUCAAGAUGUUUCUCGGGAAAUUUCUCCCUGGUUCGCUGACCUCUUCUUGCGAUAGGACGAUACUGCUGGAUCUGGCAAGGAAGGCCGCACACCUUCACGGUGUAUCACAUAUACAGAAAGUGAAAUUUAAGAGGCCCAUCAAAGAACCUUGCGAUUUCUACAAAGAUGCAAAGCGGAAGGAAGACAAAGGUGACUUUCUUCCUGCAGUCAUACCGAGACAAACGUUGGUCCCUAAAGAAACUCCAAUAUCAAAGAACUGGAAGAUUGCAACGCCUCCUCAAAAGCCUCCAGACAAUAGUCAAAACAAACAUUUGCAAAAGUCUGUAGGGAGCAAGUCUGGCACACCUGAUAAAGGCUGCAUUGUAAAAGCAGCAGAGGUUUCUAAGAAGACAGAGGAGCAAACAAGUAAGGAGAAGCCAAAAAGCUCCCACAUCCCUGCUAAAGUGGAGCCAAAACAAGAACAGAGCGAAGAUGUUCAGAUGUCUGCAAGCCAAGGCGGUAACCAGAAAAGGCUGCGUAUGACACAAGAGACAAUAGUUCUUGACAAUGCUAUAGCCCAUAAGAGACGACGUCUCAACUCCAACGAGAACGCAUCAUGUGAAGAAACGCUGAAGAUGGGGACCACAACUGUCAAGAAGGAAGCAGUGCAAACUGUGAUCAGUGAAGCCCAGCAGGAUAUUAAGCAGGAAAAUACCCUGAAGUCUGAGCCUCAAAAUGCCCAUGUGACUUUCUUUGUUCAACCUGAUCCCAACAUUACAUUUAAAACCACAUCAGGCACCAAAUUGACAACGUUGACCAAAAUGACUACGUCCAAAUUACCAACACCUGCAGCAGGUACAUUUAGAUUCACUACCAGCCAGUCAACCAAGUUGACAGACGCCACCGCAUUGACUGCAAAUGUCCACCAAACCUUACCCAGCUCCACUAUGUUCACUGAAAGUAAGCCCAACUUGAGAGGACAUGACUCCUCAUCUAACAAUUAUCCCACAAGCACCCUUAAUGGGGUAAAAACCAAUCAGUCUUCUGUACUUGCAACCAUCUCAAAAUCUAUUGCAAGCACCACUAAGACCUCAGCACCCAGCACCGUCUGUGGUGCCGAAUCCACAGCAUCUGCUGCAGCAAGCUCUAAAUUUACUGCAACUGCCACUAAUACCACCAAGCCUACAUCUAAAUUUACUGUGGCCACCACUAGCACUACAAAACCUACCACAAGAUGUACUACAAAACCCUCAAGAGCUGUAACAACCCCCAGUGCAAUGACAACCACCUCAAAGUCUGGGACAAUUUCUAAAUUUACAUCGUUGCCCACUAGUUGUACAAUAACACCCAAUGUAACCGCAACCACCAUCAUGUCUGCAACAACUUAUAAAUGUACUGCACCGGCAAGCGCCACCAAAUUGACAGCAUCUAUUGCCAGUUGUGCUUCAACAAAUUCCAGCUCAAUCUCUAAAGCUCCAUCCACAGUGUUUCUAUCAUUACACAAAGCACCAAAAGACAGAACAGAAACCGUGGUCUUAUCAGCUGAAGCUCUACCAGUUCACAGGAGCGUGCAAGAAGUCACUUGCGAAACUGCACACAGGGCAAGGAGAUGUUCAGAGAACACAUCGUGCACCAGGGUCAAUCUUGGAGCAUCCUCUGGUGAGAAUGUACAUUUGAAGAGCACUGGGGGGUCUAAUGUUGAAGCACAACCAUCUCUUCAGAGGUGUAACCCCCAUGCAGGACCUGCAAGCACAGCCAAGCCAUUGUUUUGCAAUGUGAAGCCAACUGGAACUGUUCCUAAAAUUGGCUUAAGCUACAUAAUUGUAGUUACCAGUGAUGGAAGGAAGCAAUCCUAUUGCACUCUGUGCCGCAUUCGAUUGGAACGGUCCAGUCACCCAAUGGAAAACAUUCACCAGUAUAACUAUGUGAAACUGAGGUUCCCAGAGUUGAGUGACGAGCAGCUGGCAGGCAUCAACCUGGAGAAGUUUGGGGUCUGCAUGGCUGAGGUGGAGAAGUGUUUGGGACAACGGUACAUUCAGACAAGAAAAGUGACAAAUGGCCAAUACAACGAGCUGUCCGGUCUUCCGGAGGCCGAAGCUUUAUACAGAUUAGAGAAUCACUUCUGCGUGUCAUCAUCUUCCAGUAGUGGCACUUCACUUGUUUUAAGACGACCGUUUUCAUCCACCUCCUCACAGGACGUUUCAAGUCCUGAAUAUGACAGUCAACAAGACAAGUUUGAGGACAUAAUGGAGGCCGACACUGAAAACAACAAAGCCCUACAUCCUACAUGUUUUUUUUUAUUAGAACAUGCAUUAGACAUGGAAGCUGUACAUGCCAGUGAUGCUGUUCCAUUCACUGACCUGGACCCCACUCGUGCAACCAAAUCAAUGAUGGAAAUAGAUACAUCUGGGUGCAGACAACAGCAGGAGAUUGCAGAGCGAGAUUGUGGCUACACAGACACUAUUCCAGAAAGUUGUAAUAGCCGGUUAACCUCUGUGUUUCUGGCUUCUGCUUCAGUGACCACAGAAAAGCGGAAUCUAGAAGGCUUGAAUAGGAACUCACCAUCAAUAUUGCUGCAACUGGACCCUCUUCCUGCUACAGUGACCACAGAACAGCACAAUCUUGAAGGUUCUCAUAGGUGCUCACAAUCAGUGUUGCUGGACCUGCCUCCCGCUUCUGUGACCACAGAACAGCGGAGUCUAGAAGACUCAAAUGGGCACUCACCAUCUGUGUUGCUGGAUCUUAACCCUCCUCCUGUUUCGGUGACCACAGAACAGCGGAAUCUAGAAGGCUCGAAUGGGCACUCACCAUCUGUGUUGCUUGAACUAAGCCCGCCUCCUGCUUCAGUGACUACAGAACAGCAGUUUCUAGAAGGCUCUAAUAGGCGCUCACCAUCAGCGUUGCUGGAACUGGACCCACCUCGUGCUUCAGACACAAAAGUGUGCAAUCCAGUUGGAAGCUGUCAGAAUGCUGAUAGACAGACUAGUAUGCAGAAAGCAUCAAAAGACCCAGAAAGUAACCUGGGAUGCUCUGAUCCUCAAGUGCCCGUGUUUUCAGGCAAAGCAAGUAACUUGAGUACAUUUUUGUGGGUGAGGGGACCGUACAACCAGCCAAUCGUAGGUCUGGCGUCUGUGUACGAGUGUCGUGGAAAGGCUGGAGAUUCGCUCUACUUGUGCGAGAGUUGCAGUCAGAAACUCUCAGUUAGUGACAUCUGCCAGCAUGUAUUUGGCAGAGAGCACCAGCUGAAAUACAUUCUAAAGAAUUAUCCUCAGUUUAUGGACACAUUUUGGGAUGACAAGGAUCUGCCAGAGGACAAAAAAAUUGAUCUCCUAAAGGACGUAGCACACAGAGUCUCCCAACAAGAGCAUUUUAAGAAGAUGGAUGCAAAGGUGUGCUUUCUCUUUCAAGACCUGUAUGACUAUGUUUUAACAGCUCCAUUCAGUAAAGCUCUUGAUGCGCUACAGAACGGGAAGAAGCAGAGUUUGGUAUGUAAGCCCAUCGUCACAUCGCAACUAAAGGGGAGCCAAAAAUCAAAAGAACAGAUCGGACAUUUGAAUGUGAGUGGAGUUGCUUCUGCUGAGCCUUCGCACUCUGCAGCUAGCAUGUCCCUCCAACAUCAAGAGAACCACAGAAGCUCUCUUUCAAGUCCUAUCCCCAAAACACCUGUUUGUCAAGUAAAAGAUGAACUGAUUCCCUCAGAGUUCAGAUCACCGGGACCCUCCGGUUAUAUUUCCAAGUCACCUCCAAUUUUUAAAGUGAAGGAUAAACUGACGCUCUCAUCUAGAUCUUGUGUACCUCCUGGUGUUGUCUCCAAGACACCACCUAGUUUUCAAGUGAAAGAUGAACUGACACCUUCUGAGUCCAAAUGUCCUGUAACUCCAGGUGUUCUGUCCAAGACGCCACCUAGUUUGCAAGUGAAAGAUGAACUGAUAUCCUCAGAGUCCAGAUGUCAUAUAACUUGUGGUGCUAUCGCCAAGACACCACGUAGUUUUCAAGUAAAAGAUGAACUGAUACAUUCUAAGUCCAGACGUCCUGUAACUCCUGGUGUUAUCUUCAAGACGCCACCUAGUUUGGAAGUGAAAGAUGGACUGAUACCUUCUAAGUCCAGAUGUCCUGUAACUCCUCAUGGUGUUAUCUCCAAGACACCACCUAGUUUGCAAGUGAAAGAUGAACUCUUUACAGAAGGCAGAGUGCCUGUAUCUGCGGAUUCUCUUGCAAAAACGCCACCCAUUUUUCACGUGAAAGAUGAACCCAGUGUGUCGCGGUCUAGAUCCCUUUCAAUGUCUGCACCUAUCUCAAGAACACCGUCUGGUACUCAACAAGCUAAAGAUGAAUUGGUAUUCUCUGAGUCCAGAUCACCUAUAAGUGGUGCUCCCAUCUCCAAGACACUGCCUCAACUGAAAAAUGAACAGAUGUUCGCAGAACCAGUAGUUAAUAGAGAUCUGGACAAGCGCUUCAAAACGCUACCUAAUGCUCAAGUGAAAGAUGAAACUAUGGUAUCAGAUUGCAGAUCGCCUGCAAAUAUUGGUCCUGUGCCCAAGAUUCUGCCUAUUUCUCAAGUUAAAAGUGAAUUGGUACUCAUGGCCUGUGGAUCUCCUGUAAGUGCUGUUCCCAUCUCAAAGGCAUCUCCAAAAGUCCAACAGAAAUCGGAAUCGACACUCUCAGAAUUCAGAUCUAUUCCCAUUGUUGAGAAACUGUCAAGCUCAAAUUCCCCCAUAACUGUCGGUUCAGCAAUUCGUCAAGAUGAAUACCUUCUUACCAGGAAGAGAAAAGGUAAUCAAUCUCUCGGUGAACUCAGAACGUAUACCAAUAAAACCCAAGUUGAUGAUCCUCAGCCAGCCAAAUACACACGCAACAGCAUUGUUCACUCUUUGUGGGAUAUUACUCCUGGUGUUCAAGAGGCCUCUGUGGUAAACAUCCUGAAAUCGGACACAAAAUUGGACUCUAAGGAACACAUUGCUGGUAUUACUGACAAUUCUGUUACCAAACCUUCUGACACUACAUCAAAUAUGUGGUGCUCAAUGUCUGUGCAGACUAUUGCCACAAGUUUCAAAUCUGAAAGUAGGAGUUCAACAAGUUUUAAGAUUAAAACUAAUCCGUCCACAACAUCUGAGCCGUACAAACAGGACAGCGGACAUAUCGAGCCAGGUAGUCCAUCACAGGAGCAUAAGUUUGUACGAGAAAAACCUUUGGCCUUACUGGAAGGUUUUGAAUACAAGAACCUGUUGGGUGACGCUUGUGUGAGGACCGAACCAAAGUUUGCUCCGAUACCACAGUCUCAAGGCAGUACGGAUCGCACAGAGGGUUCCCUGCAUCAAAGUACAGUUUCGGCAAAUGGUGUGGAUAUGGAGUCAAACCAUGAGCUCAUUGAUACUAUAGCAAGUCCUACUGAAACUCGGCUGUCAGAUUUGGGUGGUUGCAAAUCAAAUCCUGCUGCAGGGUGCACUGUGCCUAAUAACGAUAACACAACAUGUGAAAGACUAAAUCCUAAUGAAGCAUCAAAAGAACUGCCGGUCCAGAUCUACGACUUUACCAUACCCCUGGCAAUGGGGUGGAUGAACCCACAAAUGCAGCAGUGGGUGGAGCAGCAAAAGCAACAGCAGUGGGUGGAGCAGCAAAAGCAACAGCUGUGGGUGGAGCAGCAAAAACAACAGCAGUGGGUGCUGCAGCAGCAGCAACUACAGCAACAGCAGUGGGUGCAGCAGCAACAACAGCAGUGGGAGCUGCAGCAGCAGCAGCAGCAACUACAACAGCAACAGCAGUGGGUGCAGCAGCAACUACAACAACAGCAGUUGGUGCAGCAGUGGGUGGAGCAGCAGCAGUACUCGACCUGAGUAAGACUGACGCUGACCGUUGGAAAUGUCACCACUGGCGCCUCCUUUUUCCAGACGUUCCGUGAUGUUGACAGAUGUGAAGGUGCACGGGAACGUCGCAGUAUAACGUGUUGGCACUGGCACAGUUCCCUCAAAGACUCUAAAAUGUUUUCCUCUGCCAAGACUGUUUAUAAAAACGUAUGUUUACAUUUUACACUGACAGUCAUUAUGUUCUGUUGAUAGUGUGGACACUGUACGAGUCUGGAAGAACAGACACAACUGUUUUAAGGGACUUUAUUUUUAAUGUACAGCUAGUUUCAUUAAGUCUGUUUCUGCUCUUGGUGUAUUUUUGCACAAUAAAGUGUAAAAACUCAACAAUUCUGCCACCAUUUGACAUUUGUACUUUAGUAUUUUACCACAUCCUUGGGAAUAUAUUAUUUAUGGUGGCAGACAACUUUAUUUUAUACAUGGAAAUAAGAUUUAAUAAAUGUGACACUU